CCAUGGCGCUCUGGGUGGACAAGUACCGACCAACCAACCUCGACAAGCUGGACUACAACUUGACGCUCUCCAAGCAGCUCAAGCACUUGGUUUCUGCGGGCGACUUUCCACACAUGAUGGUGUACGGACCACCUGGCGCAGGCAAGAAGACCCGCGUCAUGUGUCUGCUCCGAGAGCUGUACGGCCCCGGUGUUGAGAAGCUCAAGGUUGAACAUCGCACGUUCAAGACUCCUAGCGAUGCCAAGCUCGAAAUCAUUACCAUUGCGAGCAACUAUCACAUUGAACUCAAUCCCAGCGAUGCUGGUACCCAGGAUCGCCUGGUUGUUCAGGACAUUCUCAAAGAAAUUGCCUCGAGUCAUCAACUCGAUACACAGACCCAGCGUUCCUUCAAAGUCGUCGUCUUGACGGAGGUGGACAAACUCUCCAAGGACGCGCAGCAUGCGUUGCGUCGAACGAUGGAGUUGUACGUUUCCACAUGCAGGCUCAUUCUCCUCUGCAACAGCACUUCCAAAGUCCUGUCUCCCAUUCGCAGUCGCUGUCUCGGUAUUCGAAUUCCAGCCCCCACUGUUCCAGAGAUUGUCACCGUAUUGCAGUCAAUCGCGCGCAAGGAGGGCAUUAGCGUGAGUGGCGAUUUUGCGACGCGUAUCGCAGAAAGCAGCGAUCGCAAUCUGCGAAAAGCCAUUCUGUCGUUUGAAGCGUGCCGCGUGCAGCAGUAUCCCUUUGUGUCCAACCAGCCCAUCCAAAAGGCCGACUGGGAGGUGUAUGUGGAGCAAACUGCGAGCGAAAUUCUUGGCGAGCAAUCUCCAAAGUGCUUGCUGGCCGUCCGUGGCCGAAUGUACGAGUUGUUGAGUCACUGCAUUCCUGCAGACAUCAUCAUCAAGUCCUUGACAAACGUGCUGCUGCGUUCGAUCGACCGCUCACUCAAGAUUGAGCUCGUCCAAUGGGCCGCCACGUACGAGCAUCGUCUGCAGCUCGGCAGCAAGCCCAUUUUCCACCUUGAAGCCUUUGUCGCCAAGUUCAUGAGCUUGUACAAGCGAUACCGUCUCAAUCUGGGAUACUGAGGGAUGCUUGCUUUGUGUUUUCGCCAUCUGCAUGUUUGACGAUUGUUAUUCUGUUGUUCGUUCAAAUCGACGUUCGAGUAUCACCGA